AUGCACAGUCCACAUGUGCAGCGAGCUCAAGAUGGCUUGGUUGGUGGUCAACACCAUGACAUUAGUGGUGGCGGAAGUAACCUCCUGUGUUUGCCUCACGGUCCGAUUUGGGCCAAUACUACUAAAAAAUUUGAAGAUACUGCAACUAUAUAUGGGAGUGGAUAUCAAUUUGAGGCUUACGCAACUGAUCCUUUAUUUUCUUUUGAAAACGCCGAAAAACUUAAUGACCAUGUUGCUCCUUGUGCUGUCUGUGUGACACGAAAACCUGCAGCUGUUAUGAUGUUACCAGGCAGGACAAAGUGUUGCUCUGGUUGGACAAUUGAGUAUUAUGGGUAUUUGAUGAGUGAGUGUGACAACGGCAAGGGUAGACAUGAUUAUGUGUGCGUAGACUAUGCGCCAGAAACUUGUCCUGACAUUUAUGUAAACAAAAAUGGAAGUUCACUGCAUUUCGUUCAGACUACUAAUUACACAAUGCCAUAUCAAAUGUAUGAAAGUGGUCGAGAAUUAACCUGCGUUGUGUGCAGUAAAUAUUGA